ACAUGCUUUGAUUGCGGCGCCCGAAACCCGUCGUGGGUUAGCAUCACGUAUGGAGUGUUCAUUUGCAUCGACUGUUCCGCUGUCCACCGCGGACUCGGUGUCCACAUAUCGUUCGUGCGGUCGUCAGAGUUGGACACGAAGUGGAAUUGGACUCAAUUGAGAGCAAUGCAAUGCGGCGGCAAUGCCUCGGCUCACCAGUUCUUUGUCGACCACAACUGCACCACAAAAGACUCGCAACAGAAGUACUCGAGUCGAGCGGCGCAGUUAUAUCGAGAUAAGUUGUCCCAAACGGUGGCCAAUAGUCUGAAAAUGUACGGCCAUUGUCUGGAUCUGCCGACACCCGCGGCGGUCAAUCACCCGCCGACACCGCCGGCAACGAAGACUUCGGCAGACUUUUGGUCGGAACACGUAAACGACAAUUCAGUGCCUCAACGAAGUGUCUCCUCUGCCUGUUCUCUAAAUAAACCUCAAAAGACUUCUACCGACGAGACAAUUGGUCCCAAUGUUAAUCUCGUGUCGGCUUCUAAUGAAAGCGGUGCUAAAGAUUAUAAGCCAUCGCUAAUCGGCGCCCGAAAGACGGCCACUAAGAAAGGGUUGGGAGCGAAGAAGGGUUUGGGCGCACAGAAGGUUCAAACGGACUUCACUAAACUGGAAGAGGACGCCAUCAAAGCGGAUCAAAUGAAGGAUAAUAUCUCAAAGAAUGACAGCAAACCCAUGAGCGAAGAGGACGCCAUAGAGCGCAUCGAAUCGAUUCGUUUGGCGUACGAAGACUUGGGUGAACGCCAAAAGCAGACCGAAGAGAAGAUGCGAAUAACUGAUCCAAACAAAGCCAACCAAUUGGAGAGACUGGGAAUGGGUUUCAGUAGUGGCAACCGAUCCAAAAGCACCGGUGUUUCCCAUUCGGCGGUUUCCGAUAUGCAAACUAUAGAACAGAUCCCAAAUCCAAACAACUCUUCGUCCAGAAACAGCUCUUCGCGCAUAAAAGAGAUGGAAAAGGAACUAAUGAUGUUAGAGCUCGGCUUCUCUUCUGGUCCCCCCAAAUACAAGGACACGCCGUUCGGCAAAAGUGAGUACAAGUCAAGGGAUGACUACUUGAAUAACGAUGACUUCUGGAGCGAAUUGGAUAAACCCGUUGAGAAAAAGCCCGACAUUUUGGACACCAUUGAGACCAUCGAUUUUAAGCACUCGAGAAGUCAACAAAGAGCUGAUAGGGAGACGUCGUCCUCCUCGGCGUCCAAACCUCGAGGCAUCGAUACGAGCGAAGGCGAUGCGCAGAAGAAGUUCGGUAACGCAAAGGGCAUAUCUUCGGAUCAGCUUUUUGGUGGCAAAAGAGAUUCAGAUUACGAACAGAGGACAACAUUGAACCGCUUCCAGGGCUCUAAUAGUAUAAGCAGUGAUGACUACUUCGGACGCGAGACACCUCAGGGCUCGAAGGCAUCGAUGUCUAACUUCAAUGGACCCAAUCUAUACGAUAUCAAAGAAGGCGUUCGCGAUGGUGUCACUCAAGUGGCCGGAAAGCUCUCCAACUUAGCCACAAAUGUUAUGUCUUCGCUACAGGAGAAAUACGGCGGUUAUUGAAAGUGAUUAUUGUUUAUAUAUGUUUUAAUGAAUUUUUCUGUUAUUAAAGUAUUGAUUUUACUGUAAAUAUUGGAUACGAAAUGUCAUCCCUUUUUAGAUAAUUGUUUUGUUACUUUUAAAGCCAUUAAUAAUGGAUAUAUGGAAACAAAUCAUUAAAAAUUUUGAUAACUAUUUUAUUCAAUUUCAUAAGUGUUUCCUUUAUUUUCAUAUCUGUUUACAAAAUAUCAAAGAAUAU